CUGCCGCACGCCCACGCCGCCUACGCGUACGCGCAUCGGGCUUACGCGAGCCCCGAUACGUUCUCUACCGACACACUCCACAGCUGUGGAUUUUGUUGCAGCAACUCGCGCUGGUUGACGAGAAAGCAAUCAGGCUCAUCUGGUCGCCUCUGUCAUCGACGCCGCAAUGGUCGAGGAGCAGCAGAAACGCUGCGCGAAACUUGCGGCGCUGCUCACGGGACAUGCAUCGGACCCCCUCUUGGACAACGCGCCAGAGCCGCCCGACAACAUCAAGCGCCUGCAUGCGGCGGGCUACACGAACGUGACGCGCGGCACCCUCUCGAUCGCGCCGUCGCUACUCAUGUCCCGCAUGGGCAAGCCCGAAGGCCUCGACCAGCUGCGCCUGUGGCUAGACUGCGGUGGCGACGUCGACGCGCAGAUGCGUAACGGCGGCCGAUUGCUGAUCUCUGCCAUCAGCCAUUGCAAUGCCGACGCGGUGGCGCUGCUCAUUAGCCGCGGAGCGAGCACAGAGGGCGCCCUGAAAGAGGUCUGCAGUGUCGAGGAGGUCGAGGGUUACCCGGGGCGCGUAGAAAUGGCGCAGCUGCUCCUUCGCCACGGCGCGAGCACGGAGGGCGCCCUACACCAGCUCUGCCGUAUCAAAGGGUCCUCAAUUGUACCCUUCACAAAGGGUCCCUCGGAAGCCCUCCAACUCGCGCGACUCCUCGUCGACGCCGGAGAGGACGUGAACGCGGUGCGCGACGGCCCAUACGGCACGAAGAUGGUGCCGCUGCGCGACGCCAUUUUUUGGCGGGGUCGGGAUUCACACCAUGACGAUCUCGUACAUUUUCUCUUGGCUCGUGGCGCCAAGACGGACUGGUACGAGCAGCUCUGGCGAGGCUGCGGAGGGAUUCCGCCAUCGAACUCUCGAAAGUUGAUUGCCGUCGUCCUGGCCGCGGGAGGCUGGCGCAAGUACACGUUGCCGCCGCGGAAGGACAUGCUCGUGCUCCGGGAGCUCUGCGAAAAGGACCGCGCCAAGCCGCCCGCCCAGUUCGAACGGCUCUUCGCUCUCCCGAAGGGCGUAUUCUGGCGCGUGAUCAGCUUCUGGCGGUCCUACCUCGACGAGCCGCACGCGAUCGACGAUGAUGAUUACUAUGCGGCGCUCACGAAGCAGCCGACUGCCCAGGAGUACAACUUACAUCAAAUCUUAAGUGCCAUGCCCGGUAUGAAUCUCGACGAGGCGGGCACGGAGGCUUUCCGCCAGCAGCUCGUGUCACUCAACAUCAUUCCCGCCGAGACCGUCCUGUCGGCUCCGCGCGACACCGGCGCGUUACCCGAGCAGCGACCGCGGCUCGUGCUCGACGUCGCCGCGAACCCGCGCCUGGCUGCGCGGCAGGCCGAGGCGCGCCAGCACCUCGGGCUUCCCCCGCCGCGAGAGCCUGCGGCGGAGGUGACCGCAGCGGAGGAGACGGCAGAGUCUCCAAUUGGACGAGCCACUCGCCUGCGGCGCGAGGCGAGACGCAGAGCGCGCGAGCAGCGCUAG